AUGGUCCUCCACAACCCCAACAACUGGCACUGGGUCAACAAGGAUGCCUCGGCCUGGGCCAAACAGUAUCUUGAGGAGAGCUUGACAAAGGUCGAGUCUGCCGAUGGCGGUGUCACGGCAAAGAUUAGCAAGGUUGUGAGCAUGGAUGGCGACGUCGACGUUAGCCAGAGGAAGGGCAAGGUCAUCACCAUUUAUGAUGUUAAGCUCGUCUUAGAAUACACCGGCACCACCUCUGACGAGACUGAGGUCUCGGGCACCAUCACUAUUCCUGAGGUCGCCCACGAUACUGAGGAAAACGACUUUGUGUUCGAUAUCGACAUUUACUCCGAUGCCAAGGAGAAGCAGCCUGUCAAGGACCUGGUUCGCUCUAAGCUUCUGCCCCAGCUCCGCCAGGAGUUCAUCAAGCUUCCUGCAGCUUUAAUCGCCGAGCAUGGUAAGGAUAUCCAGCAUGCUCCCGGCUCCAACCCUUCGAGCGGCUUCUCCACGCCCAAGUAUCACCCUCCAGCCUCGUCCGCAAAGUCCACCUCGGCUUCGACAAGUGUCAAGACCGGCAGCGGUAAGGUUGUCAACACCACGACCCUCACCGACACAGCCGAAUUCCGCACUACCGCCGAGGAGGCCUACCAGACCUUCGUCGACCCCGCACGCAUCGCCGCCUUCACCCGUGCACCUCCUAAGGUCUUCCAGGGCGCUAUCAAGGGCGCGAAGUUUGAGCUAUUUGAUGGAAACGUCACCGGCGAGUACCUUGAGCUCGACCCCCCAAAAAAGAUUGUCCAGAGCUGGCGCCUGAAUCAGUGGCCCGAGGGUCACUUCUCCAAGCUCAGCAUUGAGUUCGAUCAGAACGAUGUUGACCAUGUUACGCUGAUGCGCGUCAACUGGGACGGGGUCCCGGUUGGCGAGGAGGAGGCGACCAAGCGAAACUGGCAGGAAUACUACGUCAACAGCAUCAAGCGCACCUUUGGUUUCGGCACCAUCCUCUAA